AGAGCCUCGACUCUCUAGUGGCACAGCUAGCACUGCAAUGCAGUGCCUUAGACCACUGCGCCUCUCGGGAGGCCCAAACCUCUUGUCACUUUCAUGAGGCAGAUGUUGGUCUACUAGGCCUAUCCCUAGUUGGUAAGGCUAGUAAAAUGUUUGUGUGUGUGUGUGUACACCCGUACUGUCAAUGUGAGUGUGUUAAUGCAAGUAAUGAAGACCUUUCAGAUAGCUUAACCUUAAUGUCUUCAUUAUGAUGAAGAACUGUCUGUGGGACGCCAAUACAACUCCAUUAAGAAGACUGUCUAAGAGAGUACUCAAGUCAAAUGUGAUUUUCAAGGUUUUUCUCUCCCUGCUGGUUAACUGAUUGAUUAUUGGCACCAGACAUACCCUUCAUCUGGUGUGCCAGUCAGUCCUGCACACCUUGAGGGCCGGAUUUGAGAAAGGGAUCCCCCAACCGCACAAACUACUAGAGCAACAAGCUAGCUUUACAUAAAGCAGGCAACUGUUGCAAGCCUAAGAUGUUGUAUAACCUUAACCUCAGUGGUGGAAUAAGAUUUCCAACACAGUCCAUAUUACUGAACCACUUCACUGAAUGAAGACUACUCUCCACACACCCUUACCACACCCAAAGAACAGCUAUUAAUAGUUAUCAUGUGGUUUGACUAUGUCUCUUUACUGUUGAAGUUAUUUUGUACAGGACCUUCAAGUGGAUCCGUGAACAGUCAGAAUGAAAUGGGAGAAGUUAAAGCCUCCAGAGCCAGAUGAUCCCAUGUGCUGUUGUGAGUGUGAUGUAGACCAACAUGGAUGCUGCUGUGACUGUGAGGAUCUGGAUGAAGCUUGCAACAGGUGGCUAAAGGGAGAGCCUCAGAAACCUGACUGUGUGUUGCCUGUGUUUGGCGCAGUGAUGGACCGGCUGAGGGUGAGACUGUUAUCAGGGGACAGGCGGGUGGAGCUCUCCAUGAUCCCAGCUCUAGUGCUGCUUCCUCUGCUGCUGCGGCUGGCAGCCCUGCACUUCCUGUUGGGCUUAGUCAUUAUGACAGCCCUGCCUGGCCUGGUGCUGUGGUACUACUACGCCACACACCGGAAUAAGGGCCGCACCCUCUUCUUCCUCAGCCUGGCGCUCUUCUCCCUAGCCUACAUGUACUUCCUCUUUGUCACAGAGAUCCUACCUCGUGGGGAUGUAAGUCACCUGCAGCUUGUGACCGUGACAACGGGUGUGGUUCUCACACUUAUCUCCCUUGUGCGCACCAAGAGGGGGCCAGGCUUCGUGCAGCCUUCCCUGGCUGACACACACAGCACCAAUCAAAACCAACUGCCUGACAAACACUCUGCCUCUCAGAAUGGAGUGGACCAGUCGAUAGUGCCAGCACCCCCAGCCAAACCAGUGGAACAGCAGACACAGUCCCUGACAGCAAAGGGGGGCAAUUGUCCUCUGUGCAGAGUGGUGCGUCCCCCGCGGGCGGGACAUUGCCGGAUCUGUGGAGGCUGUGUCCAGCGCCUGGACCACCACUGUAUCUGGAUAAACAGCUGUGUCGGCAAGGCCAAUCAUCGCAACUUCCUGCUGACCCUGCUCCUCUUCCUGUUGACCUCUCUGUAUGGGAUCAGUCUGGUGCUGCGGAGCGUGUGUCCCCGACAGAACCUGCUCACUGCGCUACUCUACUGCCCUGGCGUCUACAAUCAGUACAGCUCAGCCCUGUGCUUCACCUGUGCCUGGUACAGCAGUAUUGUCACAGGAGGCCUGCUGCACCUGCUGGUGCUGCAAAUUAUCAAUAUCAGCUACAAUGUGACAGAGCGGGAGGCACAACUUGCUCUGCGGAAGAAAAAUGACCAGAGUCAUCUGCGUGGCCUCGUUGUAGAUACAGGGGUCUACUCACGUGGCUUCUGGCAGAACUGGGCUGAAUUCCUGACCAUGGGAGAGCCUGCAGAUAGACAUGCCUCCGCCCUCACUGACUUGGUUUAGCCUUGGCUUAACACCAUGCCACUAUGCCCAACCAGUUCAACACUGCUGGGUUUCAACUGGAAACGCCUUUCCUCAACCAUGCUGGUGAACUCUCAACUGCCCUUUGGGCACGCAAACAUAUUGCAACUCAGAGAUGUUCGUUUUAAAUUGUUAAAUAUACCUCUAUAUUCCAAACACAGGUAGAGAAAAUAACCAUGUUCCUCUAGGUUGUCAUGGAUAUGACACUCUUAGUAUUAGUUAUGACAUGGUGUAAAUAUAAAGGGCUGCUCUUGGUAUUUAUUGAGGUUUUAACCUCUGACAAAUAUCUGUUUGAUUUUGCUGGCUAUCAUUUUCCAAAAUGAUGUGAAGAUUCUUAACUAUGGCAGACUAAAUAGCAAUAGAUGAAUGGACAUGCAUGACUUAGAGAACAUGUUUAUGAAACUGUAAACUACGUAUUGACAUUUAGAGUGCGCCUGACCAUAAGGUCACACAGGCGAAGAUUACUUCAAAGGGAAGAAAGCUGUGCAUGUUUUGACAGACAUGACACACAUACUCUCACCCACACCCACAUACUCUUUGUAGUUAAAUUGCUAUUAUUACGUUUGAAUGUACAGUACAUUACUUAUAUUUCAACUAUCCUUUUCACUGUAUAAGACACAUUUUCCUUUGUAUCUUGUUUGUUUAUCAUGCCAAUAAAUCAAAUCCAACUGAUAAGAGUGAGAGACAAUGCUGGUUAGGGGGGCCAUAAAAACCUUUAUGCAAGUAGACCAGGGUUUCUGUGUUUACAGGAAGUGUCUAGAGAGCUCAGGGGGCCUCAUCUGUAUCAUAACCGCAACAAACCUACAGAAUGAGGGCAAACUUGGUUACUGUUGAAGAUAUGCACAUGCUCUGUCCCUCUCAUAAACUCACUCAAAAUCUUA